AUCUCUCUUGCUCCCUCCUUCCCUUCUCCCGUUUCCUUGGUCGCUUUUGGAAGAGGAACACGAUCAAUUUAUCCGCUUCAACCCUGCCAUACUAAUUCCUCAUCUCUUCUCUCUUCCCACCCGGAUACCGCGGCAGAUAGAACCACUCCCCGCCCAACCCACGGCAUUUGAGCACAGCCGCGCCGCGCUCCUCGAUCAUGGACCUUGACCACCACACCUCCAACUCAGACCAACCCAAGCGGCGGAGACGCAAUGCUGUGAGACGGCGAACGCGCAAUCGGGUGCCUAUAUCUGCCCGCCUUUCUCUCGAUCCCCAGCUCCACGGCAAUGUCGGUGUUGUGUCCGAUGAUCUGGCCGGAGACCUCUUCCAACAUUCCAGCUUGACCGAUGGUCGUCGGGAUAAGAAUGAGGUAUAUUACAUCGCCAUCUCGCCGUACCUGCCGGGUUACAAUGCGGUCGAGGAUCUGGCUUGGACUAUCAUCCCGGUCCGUUCACCGUCCCAUGAUCGCUCCAAUAAAUCGCCAAUCCCCCAUUCGACGGUUCUUGUCCCACAGUCGGCAGCAUCCCUACAACCAUUCGUCGAUACCUUGAGCAAACUCGACCCCACCCGCCAUAAUCUACAGACACAGCGCGCUAUUGAGAUACGGCUGUUGGAUGUCGAGCCCCUGCCAUUGGAUACGAUCUAUGUGAAUGUGGAGCGGAACCUUCUUCGAAACCACGAUGAUAUCCAGAACAAGUUCGGCGGGGGCUUUACCUCGAACCAGAACGGGUCUAACGGACCGUGGACAAAGGGAGGAAAGGGCGUCGAGACGAAGAAAUACUCCAAGAAGGCGGCCGCAGAUGCUGAAGAUAGACUGACGGCUGCUGUAAGGCAGGCUCUCGGGGCUGAGAAGGUGGUGCAUGCGGGGGAUUUACUGCCACUUCCUUUACCUCCGCAUCCCAUUACCUAUGCUCCAUCCCCACCCGCGCGCAUUUCAUUCUGUGAACCCGUGUCCCAGGGGCUUCUGAUGCCGACCACUAAAGUGGUUCUGGUCCAAGCAAGACCCCAAGGCCACCGGGCACAACGGACCCUACGGUCGAGCUCGGGUCUUUUGAAGCAAGUCGCGGAAGACGAGGCUGACGACACUUCCAACGAGCAGUUUUACUCUGCCGCGGAAGAUAAACCCGUCGAGAGUAGCACGGAGGUCGAAGGUACAACGACAGCGGACGAGUCGGAGACUGAGGGUUCCGGAGGAAAUGCGAGUGAUACGUCUGAUGACUCUCUGGAUGAUAUGAUCUCCCUUACUGCUCCUGAACUUCCCCAGCCCCCGUCGGGUAUGAUGUCUGCGAUGACUGCUGCUACGCCUCGGGCAGGGGGCCGACGGGCGGACGGGACCCAUACGCCGGGCUCCGUGGCAUCCAAUUUCACCUCUGCAACAAUGCGUCCUGGCCGGACAAGCGGCGGCAAGGUCUUCAAGGCGGAAAGUCUACUUCGCAGGGUUCCAAGUGAUCUUUUGCAUCCUCGACCGAGGGACGAUGAUGAUGUAGAGUCAUUCAUCUUUGUGGAUAUCAGUACACUGGCAAAGGUUGGCUGUUUCUCUGGCGAUUGGGUUCGGAUUGAGGCUACAGAUGAGCCGCAGCUCAACAUGUUCGCCUCAAUCAAGCUUGGAAGUUUUAAUGAGCAAGAAGAAGACUCUGGAGACUGGCGCGCUGUCAAGAUAUACGGGCUACCUGGCCUUCCGUCCGCUAAGCCUCGGUAUUCGAUCAAUCAAACUGGCGAGCGACGCUCGAGUAUCUCCCAACGCAACCCGGCGCGCUUGACUCCUUCGGUCUUCGCCCCUCCAUUGCUUCUUAACAACCUUUACAACCCGAAGUACCUGCGAAUCUCUCCGAUGAAUUUCGUUGCCACUAACGUAACCAAGCCUGGUCUGCUACAUCAAGUGAAGUCGAGCACUAUCCGAAACCCCCCCUUAGCAAAGGAAGUAACCUUGCUCAAAGUCUCCACCCCUCUCUCGAUGGAUCGUGUUCUUCAACCGGCUCUGUUUGCUGGUCUCAAACAGUACUUUGAAUCCCGACGACGACUCCUCAAAGGCGGAGACCUUGUGGGAAUCAGCGUUGACGAGGGCCUCGGCAGAACUGUUUUCUCUGGAACGACUGCCGGUGAGAAUGGCGCUUUAGAUGAAGACUUGACUGCUAGAUUAGGCCAAGUUGCCAAUCCCGAUCACGCUUCGUCGAAGAAAGUUGGAGUCGCCUGGUUUCGCGUUGGCCAGGUCAUCCCUAACCUAUCCAACGAACAAGACGAAGCGGGUGAAAACCAAUGGGGAGGUGUGGCUGUUAUUGACUCGGCCACUACAAGGAUGGUGCAAGCUGGUAGCGAUGUGAGGAAAGUCCCGGGAACCAUGGAUAAUGAAUGGGAGUAUUGGCUCGGCGUCAAGGCUGUUCCAAAAGCAGCCGUUGAUACUCCGACUCCCCAUGGCCUUAUCACUGAAACACCACAGUCGUUUAUAUCUCCGCUACAACAACGCAUCCGAGACCUAAUGUCAGUGGCAACUAGUCCUCGCGCGAUCCAGCUUGGCAUGAAACCCGUCGUUAUACUUCUACAAUCGCAACAGAGACACAUUGGAAAGGCGACUGUUGCAACGCGGGCUUGUGCUGAUAUUGGCCUGCAUACAUUUCCUAUCGACGCGUAUGACAUUCUGACGGAGGGCGGUGCGAACGGCGGCGACGUGAAGACUGAAGCAUACCUGAAGGCAAGAGCAGAUCGUGCUUUCCACUGUGGACCGGAGUGCACCGCGCUCCUCAUCAAGCAUAUCGAGGUCUUGACUGCAGAUCGGAUUGUCUCAGCUAUGGCCGAGAUCGUGGCUGAUGCACGAGUUGUGAUUGCGACUACGACAGACGUCGAGCAGAUCCCCGAAGGCAUUCGUAGCAUGUUUACGCACGAAUUUGAAAUGACUGCUCCGGAGGAAAAGGAGCGCGAAGGUAUUCUUCGCAAUGCUGUCUCUGAACGCGGCAUCAAGACUUCGCCGGAUGUUGAUUUGGGAACGGUGGCUUUGAAGACCGCAGCCCUUGUUGCUGGGGAUUUGGUGGAUGUUGUCGAACGAGCCGCGGCGGCGCGGGCCGCGCGUCUCGAGAAGCUGGCGGAGACAGCAAGCAAGAGCGCAGGACAGAAGGUCAGCGUCAGGGAUAUACUUGUAUCCGGCGGGGAGGCAGCUCGCGGAGUCACCAAGAUUGAUUUCGAUGCUGCCGUUGAUGCUGCGAGGAAGAACUUCGCCGAUUCGAUUGGCGCACCGAAAAUCCCUAACGUCAGCUGGGACGAUGUGGGUGGUCUGACAAACGUCAAGGACGCCCUUAUCGAAACCAUUCAGCUACCUCUUGAACGACCCGAGCUGUUCGCUAAAGGCAUGAAGAAACGGAGUGGUAUACUGUUCUACGGCCCUCCAGGAACCGGCAAGACACUGCUCGCCAAGGCUAUUGCGACUGAGUUUUCGCUGAACUUCUUCUCCGUUAAAGGACCUGAGCUGCUCAACAUGUACAUUGGUGAGUCCGAGGCGAAUGUCCGUCGGGUCUUCCAACGUGCUCGGGAUGCCCGGCCUUGUGUUGUGUUCUUUGACGAGUUGGACUCCGUUGCGCCGAAGAGAGGAAACCAAGGGGACAGUGGCGGUGUCAUGGACCGUAUUGUAAGUCAGCUGCUCGCAGAAUUGGACGGCAUGAAUGGUGGUGAAGAGAACAGCGGCGGGGUGUUUGUUAUUGGUGCCACCAACCGUCCCGAUCUGCUGGACACGGCACUUCUUCGACCUGGUCGGUUCGACAAGAUGCUCUACCUCGGAGUGUCCGACACCCACGAGAAGCAAUCCACGAUCUUGGAAGCCCUGACGCGGAAGUUCGCCCUUGACCCCGAAGUGUCGCUGAGCCGGGUUGCCGACCGGCUGCCCCUGACCUACACGGGUGCCGACCUGUACGCCUUGUGUUCGGAUGCCAUGCUUAAAGCCAUCACGCGCAAAGCCACGGCCGUCGACGAGAAGAUCAAGCAGCUCCCCGGAGAGCCCAUCAGCACUGCAUACUUCUUCGAUCACCUGGCCACGCCGGAUGAUGUGGCCGUGACGGUUACCGAGGAUGAUUUCCAAGAGGCACAGGAUGAACUUGUUCCGAGUGUUAGUGCCAAGGAACUGGAACACUUCGAGCGGAUCCGCCAGUCGUUCGAAUCCGUCGACAAACAAAAGCAAGAGUCCAGCAAUGGGAACUCGACAUCCCAGCACCUGGCUCCACGGACCAUCGCGGAUGCCCUCGAAGGUCUUAACGUUGGGGAUCAUUUCGACUUCAGUAUGGACGGACCGGUGAAUAAUGGUGAUCUGAAUGUCGGGAAGGGGAAAGGGAAGCCCAUUCCGCCCCUGGGCCGCAGCGCCAGUGGGCAGUCGACCAGUAGCAAGGGGAAAGGGAAGAACCCUGCGGGGUCGGGAGGCACGGCGAAGAACAAGCUCAUGUCGAUCCAGAAUGGAGAUUCUGAUUCCUCCCUGGACGGGCCUACUGCUGACCGAGGCAUGUCUCGCGGCUACGAUGAUGUUGGGGAGGAGGAAGACGACGGAAUUGUCAAUGGGGGCGAUGAAGAAUAUAUUGUCCGGACCGACCAUCUCGCCUAGACCGGCGGAUCCCUGUGGAGAGAGACUGCUCCGAGGCUCCGGGGGAGCUCGUGAUGAUUGAUGUCGUGAACGGACGAGGACGACGUGUAUAGGAACAUUUGCAAGGGCUGGUGUACAUAUAUACAUAUGACUGACUACCUACUAACCUACUACUACCAUGACUGCAUGCCACGUGAAGCGACCCGAUAACCUAAUCAAUGCAAUCAUGUGAC